AUGGGCAUCUUUACUCAUCACGACAACGACAAUGACGACAUAACUUGUCCGAUGCCAAGGCCCCUCGUGGCUGAUGCACCCGAAAAUUUUGUGGGCGACUAUACCUUCCACCAAUUCAACAUGAUCUUCUCAGGUGCCUGUACUGCGAUUACUUGUCUGGUCAUCUUUGCUUUGAUGUUCAUGCAUGCAAUAAGAUACAGUAAUCCCAAUGAACAAGUAAAAAUCAUGCGAAUUGCCAUGUUAUUCCCCCUAUAUUCGAUUCUUUCUUUCUUCGCAAUUUGCUUUCCCAAUUCAUACGUCUACCUCGUAGGGUGGAUUGAAGUCUUUCAGGGACUUGCAUUGUAUAACUUCCUCAUGCUCCUUUGUGACUUCCUUGCGCCAAACGAUCGACACCGCGUCUACUUCUUUGCAAACCUCAGGAUUCCUUCCAAGACUGGAGAAACCACGGAUGGAUUGUCUUGGCUCAAUAAAACAUGGUUCCUUGUCAUUCAGUACACGCCUGUCGCUUUUGUUAUUGCCAUUGCCCAGUGUAUCACUGAGGCGGCAAACGUUUAUUGCCUCGAUAGCAAUGACAGACACUUCGCUCAUCUUUGGCUGAACAUCCUUCAAGUCUUCUCCGAGAUCAUGGCUGUCAUGGCAAUUCUUCGCUUCUAUAUGAACCUCAAGUCCUACAUGAAAGAACACAAGCCGUUAUACAAAUUAUUGGCCUUUAAAUUAGUUGUUGGCUUGGCGUUUCUAGAAAAGAUUAUCUUCUUGAUUCUCCAUUCCACAGACACUCUGAACCCUACUUCAACAUUGAGCUAUGCUGACGCCUAUAUUGGAAUUCCAACAAUGAUCAUCUGCCUCCAAAUGGUCCCAUUCUCCUUCUUUUUUCACUGGGCAUACAGUACCCGCCCUUAUGAACUAACAAACAACUCGGGCUCCCGAGAAUAUCUUGCCGUGGAAGAGACUCAGAGUGGCAGAAUUUACAAAACAAAUCGUUACCAAGGUGGAUUUCUGGGUCUGUACGCGUGGUUCGCACUGUUCAAUCCCGUUGAGCUCUUCCGGGAGAUCAAGGCAACGUACUCUAUGUUUCAAGCUAGCAGGAUGGCGAUGGACUCCCAGGGAAAUGAUCGCAUGCAGUACGAGAUGUAA